AAAGGUUUAUUCAAGGCAUGAGCUUUCGCGUGCACGCACACCUUACGGGGAACCUGAGUCCCGGCUCCGCUCUCAACAAAUCACGCGCAACCUCUGCACUGAAGGAAAGAAACACCUUCUGGCGGAAGGAGCGGAAACGGAGACCACCGCUCGUGCCUCGGCCUCUUUCUCACGCGCAGCCUCCCUGUCAAUACCGCUGCUGGAACUCAAGCGCCUGCGCAUCGCUCGUCGUCGAAGAGGCGGGCGCGGGCAACUUCGGGCCUUUUUCUUCUGAAGGGGCGGGGAGGAGAGUGAACGAAAUUUGGGCCUUUGCAUGGAUGAGGAUUUGAAAUGUCUAACAAGACAAUUAUUGCAAGUAAAGCUGAUUGUAUAGAGAAACUGCUAUCUGAAAAAAAUUACCAAAAUAUUAGCAGUCAUCUUGUUUACCUUGAAGCUGCUGAUAUGACUGUGGACUGCCUCCAGGAGACUGACAUUGCCAAAGCUGUGUACAGAAUCCUCAAGAACUGCCCCUCUGUGGUACUGAAAAAUAAGGCAAAGCAUUUACUUUCAAAGUGGAAAACACUUUACAAGAAUCAUCUUUGUCAAUCAGAACAAGUUAAGCCAGUGUUGUCAGAUAAUGGAAAAGAGAGUUCUGAUCACUUUCUAGUGAUUCUGAAAGAUGCAAACUCUUCUGAAAAACUAACUCAAAAUGAAAUAUUAAGCACCACCAGUUCCGCUAGUUGCUUGCCAUCAGAAAGCCACUCCAAAGAUACAGAAAUUACUGUGCAGAAGGAUUAUAUGAUUCAGCCUAUGCUUCUGGAGCACUCUGGGCCUGUUAAUGAAAUAAACUCUCAUCAGGAUCACAUGGCAGCUAUGAGAUAUAAAUGUACAAAACUUCUUUAUGAAGCUUUGAUUGACUCUUCAACAAGUAAUGAAGAUACAGACCGGCAUCAUAACAUAGCUAAAGACAUUGAACAGCAUAUUUUUGAACUUUAUGCUAAGAAUGAUAAAAAAUACAAAAACUGUAUUCGAAGCAAAGUUUCCAACUUAAAGAAUCCUAAAAAUUCUCACUUAAGACGUGGUCUGUUUGAAGGGACUCUGAAUCCAAACGCAUUUGCUAAUAUGUCUGUGAUGGAAAUGGCACAUGAUGAACUGAAGCAUCUCAGAGCUUCCUACACAGAAUCAUCUGUUCGUGAACAUCAGCUCCCCCAAAUUACUAAUGGUACUCAUACAAACAAAAUAAAAUGUAGACGAUGUGAAAAAUUUGAUUGCACUGUGACUGUGAUUGCCAGGGGAGCGCUUUUCCUUCCUAGUUGGGUGCGAAAUACAAAUGCAGAUGAACAGAUGAUGACUUAUGUGAUUUGUAAUGGGUGUGGAGAGCAGUGGUACCACAGCAGAUGGAUUUGUUUGUGAUUGUGCAUCUUCAGAGGAGAUAAAUAUAGAAAGUUACCAAAAUAAAAUACCUAAAAAUGGAAACAUUUAAAAUGCUUGCAGUGAAAUAAAAAUGGUUUGAUCAAUAUGGAAGAGUAUUAAAGAACUACUUGGCAUAUAGAAAUCAUCAGUCACAAACUUUUGUGUACUGUUCUGCAGUGAACAUUAUUGUUGUACCAUCAAAUUACAGAUGAAAUAUUUUCAAGAACCUGAGUGAUUUUUGCCCCAAAUAUUACUCUCACUAUAAGUCCAAAUGAACUGAUAGAGUACCUUGAAAAUGUCUGUCUGUAAAAAUAUCCUGCUGCUUUUUGGCAAUUUGAGGCAGGAGGAAGGAUGCCAAAAUGUUUACGAUGGGGAAAAUAUAUCUAUUUAUUUAUUUUAUUAGAUUUAUAUACCGCCCUCCCCAAUGGGCUCAGGGCGGUGUACAACAGUUAAAUAUACAGUUAAAUAUACAGUUGAAACAUAUCUAUGCAGUAUGGCAAGACAGCACACCUGGGUGUUCUCUUCCAGUAUAACAACAGCUGGACAGGCCAGAGGAAACAAGCAAUAAACCUGGCCAAAGACAGCCUCUCCACAAUUGUUAGGUUUUGUUACACGAAGGGCAACCAAUUUUUCCCCGCUGCUGUACGACUCUUUUAACGCCAAGGUUGUGUCCCAAAUUCUGUAUGGGAUCCCACUGCUCCUUUAAUAUGUUGAGCAGACCCAGGCAAUGUUUUUGCGGCAUAUCCUAGGAGUGCCAAAUUGUGUAAGCUAUGCAGCCAUGUGCCUGGAGACAGGAUAACAUUUUCUUGGGACCAGAGCCUGGCUAUCAACUUUAAAAUUUUGGUUACGUCUCCACUUCAGAACAAAAUCUAAUAGCUAUGUUCACCUCCUGCUGUCUGACACAUUUAUGUCCAACUGGACAAACUCAGUUUUGAAAAAAACACAAUAAAUUGGCAUUUCCCUUGACUCCCUGCUUCUGUCAGGUGAAUCUCAAGUUUUUAGGUCCUUGAGGCAGAGAAUGUUUGAUAUUGAAAAACAAACUCUGUUCUGGACAGAUAGUUACUAAUGGUACCCUUCCCCUCUGAAGUUUAACAUAACUUUGAGAAAUGGGCUUAUAGCUGAUUGUUUUUUACAGCUCACCACUCCAUCACUAAGAUGAGCUUUUAUGGUAGCACGCUUUGAUGCCCUACCAUCAGAGGUCCUUUAUAGUAGAUUUGCCAAUACCCCCUCCCUUGAAAGGACCUGACCAUGUAACAGUAGGAACCCAGAAUCGAUUGCUCACGUCUUGCUUAGCUGUGAAUUUUAUAGUAGGAUUCGGGAUGUUCUAAUCAGCCCCCUCCUGCACAAUAAGCAUAGUCUAUCUGAAGAGAGACGUAUAUCUUUCUUUUCAUCAGAUCGUCCUCACAUUACUUUCUCAGUAGUGCGAUUUCUAUCGCUAUGAGGGUAAGAGAAUAGAAGGUCAAAGCUCUGGUGGGUUGACUUUUAUAUUUAUAUAUUUUUGACAUGCAUUUUAAAAUGUGAUCCAUGCUGUAUUUUAU